AUGAUGACUGCACGGUUUGUCUCAGGGGUGUCUCUCUUUGCUCUGCUGAUUGUGGACAUUUGCUGCUUUCCUUAUAAGAAAGGCUCUAAUCCUGGUGCUUAUGGCAGCGGUUACCCAAACGCUGCUCCUACUUUGGACUCGUACCAGGGAGCUCCUUCUGGCCAGUUUUCAUCUGAAGUGGUUAUGCCUAAAAGAGCUCCUUCUACAGGGCUCCCCACACCAUCUUAUCAUGCUCGACCACAGCCGGGGCCCAGUGUCCCUCAGCCCACUGGUCAAAGACCAGCACCAUCUGCUGUCUCCAGCUCUUCUGGACCGGUGUUCUCAGGAUACAGAGAACCUGUUGUGAGGAGUAACCCUGCCAGUGCCGCACAACCAGAAGCUGCUUUUCAACCUGGCACUCAAGACAUGAACUGGGCUCCUCACAGCCUCUCUCGAGGUGAGGAAAUGUCGUCUGGCUCUCCAGCUGUCUCCAGUUUAUAUGAGGAACUGGAUCCAUUUUUUCCAACGGGACCAAUGUACCAGGCGGGAGAGUUGUCCCAUUUUGAGAAAAGCUUUGAGCAUGGUGACAACGAGAGGGAGACCGAGGAACAAGGCAGGCUGUCUCCUCCACCAUUUCAUGAGCAAGAGUAUGCUGGCCAAAGCUUUACUAGUCAACCUCAGCAACACGGCAACAUCGGUGAAAGCUGGGGCCCCUACCCGUUCCCCGGCCCCUACCCGUUCUCUGGCCCGUACCCUUACUUUGACUUCAUGUUCAUGACCGGCCAGUAUCCUCCAGGCACCGUCAGUCACGCCAGCAACAGCUAUGAGCAGGGCAGAGACUACUGGGAAGAUGUUCACUAUGUGAGAGACGGCCAACCCGGUCCUCAGCAGCAGAUGAAGCCCGACACUGGUGACUUUGCAGCCCCCCAGAGCGUCAAGGAUCCCAAUCCUGUGAUGGCUGGUUAUGGACAGGCUGGUAGACCAGCUUCUUCCCAUGGAGGCUUCAGGCAGCCAGCUAACCGCCAAGCUAACCGCCAAGCUGGCGGCCACAAUCAGGUCAAGGUUUCAUACUGAGUUUGGAUCCCUACAGUGAAAAAAUAUUCAUGACUAAUAAAAAGUUUUC